CAAUCACUUUGCAAUUGUAAACAUAAACUACUCGGAAGCGCCACCAGUCACCACAGCCACCACUAUUCUAAUCAGAGCUAGCGUUCCCUCUAGUACCGUUCACCAACGAAGAGUGAACCGAAUUUUUACAGUUUCUCAGAGGAGACCUUUUACAUAAAUUAUAGCGCAAUGUCUUGACAGUCCUUUCUUUCCCUUUCAACAGUCCCGUACACUAUCCUGCCUCGUGCAUGUGAGGAAAAUGACCGUCGAUGAAAGUAGCCCCUUACUAGAAAACUCGCGGACGAAGACGAAGACUCCUCUGCCUAAGACACAGCUGGGGCUUGUCUUGUUUGUCCUUCUCACUGGACCUAUGUCAGCGCAAUAUAUCUUCCCAUUCAUAAAUCAGCUGAUAAGGGAGCUAGACGUUACGGGUGGAGAUGAUCGCAAGGUAGGAUACUAUGCUGGCAUUAUUGAAUCCUUGUUUUAUGUCACCCAAGCGCUGACGAUGUUGUACUGGAGUCGCUUAUCCGACCACAUCGGUCGCAAACCCGUCUUACUUGUUGGCCUGAUGGGUCUGAGUGUGUCUAAUCUGUGUUUUGGACUAUCCAGAACGUUCUGGACGCUCGUCGCAAGUCGGUGCAUUGCCGGAGCCUUGAACGGUAAUGUCGGCGUGCUGAAAAGCGUCAUAGGGGAAAUAACCGACAACACCAAUAUGGCCCAGGCAUUCGCGCUUAUCCCUGUUGCUUUCACCGUUGGUGCCUCAAUCGCGUACGUAAAUAGUUUUCCACGCCCACUGGGGGCUAAAAGUCCGAACCUUGACAAUCCCCUGUACGGUGGUAGUUUGGGAAGGCCGCAUGACUAUUGGCCGGAGCUUUUUUCAGGAUCAUUCUGGGUGCAAUACCCGUACUUCCUGCCUUGUGUCGUAUCUGCGUCGUUUGCUGCAUUCUCCUUUUUUAUAACCGCAUUGUUUUUGAAAGAGUCACUGCCGUUGAAGCGAAAUGGGAAGAAUUCACAGCCAGACAUACCUUCAACAAAUUCUCAGAAUGACACCCCGGGUGAUAGAGAUACUUCUCCUGUACCGACUCUUACCCUACUCAAGACCUAUUCGGUGAUGCUACCUAUCGCAAAUUACGGUGUACUGGCUCUCGUCGACAUUGGUUUAUUUGCUCUUGUACCCUUGUUUUACUCAACUCCUGUCGAAAUUGGGGGAUUGGGCCUCUCACCGUUCGCUAUUGGCGUGUGGAUGAUGGCAUUUGGCAUUGGAAAUGGCUUGUUUCAAAUAUUAUUCGUGGCUCGAGCAGUAGAUCGUUUUGGUGAAAGAAGGGUGUUUUGUUCGGCCGUGCUUGCAUUUUUCCCUAUAGUUGUUGCGUUCCCGAUAAUGAGCUGGGUUAUCCAAGCUCAAAAAGAAGUUACUCCGGCCAUCUGGGUACUCGUUCUUGUACAACUACUCUCGUGGGCGGUGGUUGAUGCUGCUUAUGCUGUUCUCUUUGUGUUUGUCACGAGGGCUUCGCCGAACAAGCAUUCGCUGGGCACAGUGAAUGGCAUUAGCCAAACUACGACAUCAACUGCGAGGGCAAUAGGACCAGCGACAUUUACAUCACUGUUCGCGUUCUCAAGGGAGCACGACUUACUUGGAGGAAACCUGGUAUACGCUGUGCUUCUGAUCCUUCUAUGUUUGUUAGUCUUCUUGUCGCGACGCCUUCCAGAGUUAGAAGACGACGAGCAGUAAGGAAGGGGGUUCACAGUUGGACACUUAGGAUGAUUUUGUCCAUCAUAUAUUACCAGAACAAAACCUGCCGUCGAUGGCAGGCGCCUUGGUUACCA